ACUAAUGGUGAUGUCUACGAGGAUUUUCUUAUUAUCCAGGCUAGCCUUCCAGGGGUCCCUCUUCUCUCCGUUCCCUUUUUCUGCUUUUUAUUUUCUCUGAAGUCAUGAAUUGUUGUUAGUGGAAACGAACGAUAGUGGAAGAUCUGAAGCCAUGAAUGUAGAUGAGGAAGUUGAGCGACUCAAGGAGGAAAUUCAAAGGCUCGGCAAGAUCCAAGAUGAUGGUUCUUACAAGGUGACAUUUGGGGUGCUGUUCAAUGAUGACAGAUGUGCUAACAUAUUCGAGGCGUUGGUCGGGACGCUAAGAGCAGCAAAGAAGAGAAAAAUCGUGACUUAUGAUGGUGAGCUGCUGCUGCAAGGAGUUCAUGAUAAUGUUGAGAUCAUUCUCAAAGCCGCUCCAGCUGCAGAAGCUGCAACCACUGCAGCUGCGAAAGCUUGAACCAUCGAUAUGUAAUAUGAAAAAGAGUGUAUGCUUCAUGAAUUUCUAUGUUCUAUGAUCAGUAUUGGAUAUCACGAAUUUCAUUUGAUAACAUGUUUCUCAAAGUUGUUCUCAAGUUGACUCACAUUCUAAAUCUAAUACAUAAAGAAGAUUGUUCUUGAUGCAA